GAAAAAUGUUAAAUAUUCAACUCAAAGAACAUAAAAUUGACCAUAUCAAGUGGAACAUAUGUUUAAAAUCAAAUCCUAAUGAACUAACUAUAAUAUAAAAGUAGAGUAUUAGUAAAUUACAAAUCUGUUUCAAUGGCAACAGAGACAAGUGAAGGCGACAUGCAGUCAUCAGAUGAAGCGAAAUCAGAAGAGAGAAAGACGUCAGCUCCGGAUGACAAGCAGGAACAGUCCUCGACAAUGAAAGAGGAAACCUUCGCGGAACCUAACGAAAAAACUACUCCGAACAAAGAAAGUUCACAGAAAAAAUCAGAAGGAAGAAAACAUCUGUUGAAGAUGGUUUCGUCCAUCGGAGAAAAAGAAGGAGGUAAACCUUCACGGAGCGAUACCUGUUCCUGGGAGCAGAAGGUCGAUGAGGCGUACACGGAGCUCAUCCUCAGCCUGCAGGAGGCUUGGGAAAGCCACGUCAGCAAGAUUAGAUCCCAACUGCGGAAGAUAAUGGCCCAGCCCAGGACGAAAGGAACCCGGGACUUUGACCCGAGGAAACACCUGUUCAACGUUGAAACGACGAAAGGGUCUCCCAAAGAAGAACAAAAGAGGACCCACCUCGCCGUGUUGAUCACCGUGUCGGUACUCAUCCUGGCCAUCUGUGUUAUCAAUAACGUAAGGAUUGAAGGUCUUCGUCAUGAGCUGGCCGUUAUCAACCAGGAACACGACUUCCUCCGGGAAAAAUUAGGUGCCAUGAUGGAAAAAGUGGACAUGCUACCAGAGGUUCAUCGAAAACAGAACAAGCUCCUCAUUGAAGAAAUGCGGAAGGAGAUACGCUACAUUUUUCAUAUUAGCUCAAGAGAAACCAGGGUUCUGUAAGUACCCAAUUUAAUCUGAUAUCGACCGAGAUCUGCAACAGUGAAAUAUAAUUUGAAGUCAAUUUUAAUAAAAAUAAAUUAAAUAUUAUUUUUUCGAUUUUUACAUUGUUAAAUAAGACCUACAAGUAUUGUAAAAAAAUUAUGAAAUAAAACGAUGGUACAAUUAAGAAGACCGGUCUGUCAGACUCCAUGUUAUUAAUUGAGAUGAAGAGGUGGACCGUUGUAAAAGCCAAUUGCACACAACCAAUUUGACUUAAGAUUUGUUAAGAGCCUCGGAACUCCAACAUAACUAGAAAAAUAUGCAACGGAAUCGUAUAUAUUCAAGAAUUUAGAUGACUAACCGUUGACCUUGGAGAGGAUUUCUCCAGAGUUCAGAGUAGAGUACGCUGAUGCCAGAAAAAGACAGUCAUAUUUUGUAGAAACUACAGAGAUAAUUUUAAUAAUGUUGUAACCUCAAUUUAUAAUAAAUUAAGUAAUUAAAUUGUAUUAAGUUUACUCUGUUAACUUUUAUUUCAAUAACUUCAAUAAAAAACAAAUUCCGAAAGUGAAA